CCCGUGUGGGUUGACACUCCGACCUGGCUGAGCAACCAGGCCACUCCUGGCAGGCUGGUGGUUAGACCCGGGGUCUGCCCAGGUCCUGAGGUUUGGGGAACGCCCCUGGGUCCCCUGACGAAUGAAUCCCAGGGCGGGAUGGGACCCUGCGGGCCUCAGCCGGGGACCGGAAAGCCAGGGUCCCAGCUCCAAAGCCUGUGCCAGGGUGCCUGCCCCGGGACCUCCGUGGGGCCCUGCCUAGGACCCUACAUUGUCCUGCGCAGCAUCCCGACGUCAGCGCCACCUGAGGACGUCUCCGCCAUCAAGAGCGAGCUGGAGCAGCUGGCCGAGGAGCUGAGGCGGAGGAGGAUGGCCCUGGGGUACUCGCAGGCCGACGUGGGGUGUGCGGUGGGGGCCCUGUUCGGGAAGGUGCUCAGCCAGACCACCAUCUGCCGCUUCGAGGCCCGGCAGCUGAGUCUCGCCAGCAUGUGGAGGCUGCAGCCCCUGCUGAAAAUGUGGCUGCAGGAAGUGGGCGCGGAGAACCUUCUGGGCCUCUGCAAAAUGGAGAUGAUCUUGCUGCAAGUUCGGAAGUCGAGACGGGCCAGCAGUGAGAAACGGGUCAGAAAGAGCCUGGAAAGACUCUUCCUGCAGUGUCCGAAGCCCACCCCACAGCAAGUCAGCUUCAUCGCCAGGUGCCUCUGGCUGCAGAAGGACCUGGUCCGAGGCUGGUUCGAGGACCGAAGCAAGAUGGGCCCUCAGCUGACUGAGAAUGCGUCCCCGCAGGGGUCAGUGAGGGCAGCCGGGCCUCCUCGCCCAGGGGCCCUGGCGUGCUUUCCCUCAGCACCACUGCUCCGUUUUGAUGGCCCCCACCAUGGGGGAUCCCACUUUACCCCCCUGUACUCCUCUGUCCCUUUCUCUGUGAAGGGAGCCAUCCCCCACACUCCAGCCUCCACCUUGGGCCUCCCCAGGAUUUAG